CGGCGCCGCGGAGCUGCGCCCGCACGUGGCGGCCUACGCGGUGUGGGCCCUUGAAGACGGCGGCGCCGCGCCGCCCGAGGGUGGCGGCGGCGCCACGGCCGCUGGCCACUGGUGGCACGGCCUGAGCGCUGGGGAGCGGGAGCGGCUCGACCAGAGGUGCGCGCUGCUGGAGGAGGCCUUCGUCGCCGCCCACGCCGCCCCCGCGCCGCGGGACGGGCCCGAGGAGGUCCCCGCCGGCAGCGGGAGCUCGGACGCCGAAGGCCCCAAAGUACGGCGCCACCUCGCGUUCGGCACGCUGCGCGACGUUGUCGUGCUGCCGCAGAAGCUGGUCCGCCGCUUGAACAGGUACGGCGCCUGCCGCGGGGCGCCCUGGCGGAGAACUCUGGCGGCGGCGCUGUCAGACCACGCGACGCUGGCGGCGGCCUUCGCUCUCGGGGGCGCCGCGCGGCGGGAUGCGGCCCUUCACCUCAUGCGCGUGACCCGCGCGCUGGGGAAGCCGGCGAAGAAAGACGCCUGCGUCGCCGAGACGGACAGCGAGGCCGAGCCGAACCUCGGCACGGUGCGCCGCCGGCUCUGGGGCCGUCCGCGGCGCCCUCCGGCGAGGAAGCGCCCCGCCGAGGGGCCGGGCAAGGGCGGAGGCUGCUUCCGGGAUGGGUGCCCGCAGGGCGUGGUGCGGCGCGGGGGCCGCUUCCGGGCGGCGGUCUGGCUCUCUUCCGAGCGGCACGACGUCCUCGGGCCCUUCCGCGACACGUCCGAGGAGGCUGCGGCGGACAGGAGCGCUCUGGCAGCCGCGCUCCGGAGCAGUGGCGAGCAGGCCGUGCUGGAGCUGCUGGACAGGAUCUGGACGCAGCCCUCGCCCCUGCACGCCGCGCUCGCGGCGGGCGCCCGCGCAGGGUCGGCCGAGGAGAUGCUGUCAGCAGCAGCCGGCCCCGCUGGUGCCAGCGGCCAGCCGCCGCCGCCGCCGGGCUCGGACGCGGCCGCGGGGGCCACGCCCGAGAAGGCCGAGCGCAGGCGCAGGCAGCAGAAGAUGCCGGUGGGCGUGGUGCGCCGCCAGGGCGGGCCAGGGUUCAGGGCAAGCGUGCGGCUGAUCCCCGGCGGGAAGCGCCACCUCGGCCCGCUGCGCUACACGGCCGAGGCUGCGCGUGAGGACUACCUGACCGUGCUCGCCGUCCAGCGAGAGAGCGGCGACCAAGCCAGCCUCCGCCACCUCUCGGGCUCUUCCGGGCGGCGCCCACGCAGGCGCCCUCGCGGACCGACGUGGCGCAGAGGAAGGCGGCGCGGCUCGCCCACGGGGCGCCCGCCGCCGCCGAGGGGGGCGAGGGGGGCGGGCCCGCCAAGAUGGUCCUGAAGUUCAAGACCCCGAUCGGCAUCCGCCAGUGCUACCAUUCGAGGUGCAAGGGGUACCGCGCCACCGUCCGCUUCCCGGAGACGGGCGAGAGGCACUUCGGCCCCAAGCGUGCCGCGAUGGAGGAGGCCAUGGGCGACCUGGAGCUGAUCACGCAGGCCCAGAAUGCCGACGGCUCCACGGCCGCCCACGCCGUGCUGGACAGGCUGUGGACGGAGGCAGGGGUCGACCCAAACGGUGUUUUGGCACUCUCGUGGGCCGC